GUUCCAACACAGGUAUCCUUCAAUUAGACAUGAUCCUAAGACUUCUUUAAUAAUUCUUUGCCGUCACGCGGUUGUGAAUAUGCACCCUCGCGCCCACGCCGAUAGAUCUACGAGCUCUUCAACUCGCACUGGAUCACCCAAGCACCGCAUUCUGCUUUGGCCACUACGACGACUCCAUCUAGGAGGCCCUCCUCAUCGCCUGCACAUAGUCAGGUCAUCACCCAGACUAGCAUCCGUUCUAUCGACGUCUCUUAGCGGUAGCAGGACACGCUCUCCGUCUAGACUAAGCCCGACGGCAUCGACGCGCCCUUAUCUUCGAGGGCGCCGAGGUAUGGCAGCCUUUCAUCCUCGAAGCACAGCGCAUCUACCAGACUGGAUCCAGCCUCGCCUCCCUCUUUAG